AUGCAAAAAUUCAUCGUAUUUGCGGCUCUUGUCGCCGUGACAUUCGCCAGUGAUGUUAUAGAUUUAACUGAUAGUAACUUUGAUUCGGUUGUUAAUGGUGAAGACAUCAUUCUCGUUGAGUUUUUCGCACCUUGGUGUGGUCACUGCAAGAGGCUAGCCCCAGAGUAUGAGACUGCAGCCACUGCCUUGAAGAAGAAUGACCCCCCAGUAGCCCUUGCUAAGAUUGAUUGUGUCGGUGAUGGUAAAGACAAAUGUCAACAAUAUGGUGUUAGCGGGUACCCUACACUAAAAAUCUUCAAAAAUGGAGAAGUUAGCGCUCCUUAUGAGGGGCCUAGAGAGAGUGCUGGAAUUAUUGGAUACAUGAGGAAGAAGGCUGGACCAGUAACCAAAGUCCUCAACAGUGUAGAAAAUGCCAAGAAUUUUGUUACUAAAGAUGAUGCUGAUGAUAAUGCCGUUGUUGUUGGUUUCUUCGAGAGUGCAGACAGUGAUGGAGCCAAAACCUUCAAAAAACUGGCUGAUGCUUUAAGUGAAGACUUUAUGUUUGGUGUCUCAACUGACAGCGCUAUCAAUAAAGAAUUUAAACAAAAAGACUCUGUUGUCAUUUUCCGUCCCAAGCGUCUUCAAAAUAAGAUGGAGGGAGCCACAGCUGAAUUUGAUGGCGACGUAUCCUCUCUCACUGAUCUUAAAACAUUUGUCAACAACAACAUCAAUGGUUUGGUGGGACAUCGUACUCAAGGUAACCAGGAGCAGUUCCAGAAACCCCUCAUUGUUGCAUACUACGAGGUUGAUUAUAAGAGAAAUACUAAGGGAACAAACUACUGGAGGAACAGAGUAAUGAAAGUUGGAAAGAAGAUCACAGAAGGCGGAGCAAAGGUCUUCUUCGCUGUCUCAAGUGCAACUGAGUUUUCACAAGAGAUUGAUGAAUUCUCUCUCAAUUUCGAAAGCAAUCCUGUUGUAGGAGCAUGGAACACCAAAGGUCAAAAAUUCGUCAUGACUGAUGAUUUCAGCAUGGACACAUUUGAAAAGUUUGUAAAUGACUUCUUAGACAACAAACUUGAACCACAUAUGAAAUCUGAGGCUAUCCCAGAUAACUCUGAAAAUGCAGUUAAGGUUGCAGUAGGCAAGAACUUUGCAGACCUUGUAGAUGAUGAAACAAAGGAUGUCCUAAUUGAAUUUUAUGCACCAUGGUGUGGACAUUGUAAGAGUCUGGAACCAAAAUACAAUGAGCUAGCUGAAAAGCUGGCCAAGGAGGAGAGUAUUGUAAUUGCCAAGAUGGAUGCCACAGCCAAUGAUGUACCCCCACAGUAUAAUGUCAAAGGAUUCCCAACUAUCUACUUUGCUCCCAAAGGAAACAAACAGAACCCAAAACAAUACAAUGGUGGACGUGAAGUUGAUGAUUUUGUCAAAUAUCUUGCAGCGGAAGCAACAGAGGAACUAAGUGGAUUUACUAGAAAGGGAAAAGCAAAGAAGGCCGAAUUAUAAAA